GACACGGACAUUAGCUAGCGGGACGGCGUCACCUGCAAGCGGUGCAGUCAGUGAAGCAUCGGGAUACAAUCGUUAACCAGGCAAUAGGGUAGGAAGCGGCGUGAUAUUCAUCUUUAAAGUGACGAUGAAAUGCCAUUGAUGCGUGUAUCUAUAUCGGUACGCAUGUGCAGGAACGCUCGCGAGUCGCAGUUGGAGGCCUGUUGACGCAUAUAGGUGAACAGUAACUGAUCAGCUUCUCUAGUGUCAGUACGCGCUUUAGGGUAGUUCGGGACUGACUGGUGUUCGGGGUGGAAGAUUGGUGAUUUUGUCUGUCAGUGAAAAAUACGAAACAACGAAAGCUAUAACGAUGCUUCGAUUUGGGGCCAGAUUCGCUACAUAUGCGCGGCACUAUGGAACGCAGCCCAUGGUGCAGCCUGUGAGGACUCCCGAAGUGAAGUACACACAGUUAUUUAUCAACAACGAGUGGGUAAACAGUACCCAAGGAAAGACGUUUAUUACUGAAAAUCCCACUACAGGGCAGGCUAUCACCGAAGUCUCAGAAGCCGAUGCAAAAGAUGUCGAUCGAGCAAUUCAGGCAGCUCGGGACGCCUUCAGGCUCGGUUCUGAAUGGCGAAGUAUGGAUGCUUCACAGCGUGGGCACUUACUUUACCGUCUAGCCGAUCUCAUGGAGAGGGACCGCCUUUAUCUAGCGUCGCUGGAAACCUUGGACAACGGCAAGCCAUUCAGUGAUGCCUACAAUAUUGAUCUCGAACUUUCAAUCAAGUGUCUACGGUAUUAUGCCGGAUAUGCUGAUAAAAACCACGGCAAGGUAUUGCCCAUAGAUGGCGAAUACUUCGCAUUUACAAAACACGAGCCCGUGGGGGUCUGUGGCCAGAUUAUCCCGUGGAACUUUCCCUUGCUCAUGCAGGCUUGGAAACUCGGUCCGGCACUGGCCACAGGUAACACAGUCGUCAUGAAACCCGCCGAACAGACACCCUUGACGUCCCUGUACGUUGCUCAACUUGUAAAAGAAGCAGGUUUUCCACCUGGUGUUGUGAACCUCCUGCCCGGAUAUGGUGAGACUGCAGGAAGGGCGAUCGCAGUACAUCCUGAUGCUGAUAAAGUAGCAUUCACCGGUUCUACGGAAGUGGGAAAGCUAAUUAUGCAGGCAGCCGGAUCAUCCAACCUGAAACGAGUUACCCUUGAACUGGGCGGAAAGAGCCCGAAUGUGGUCUUCGCUGAUGCUGAUAUUGACCACGCGAUCGAGACUUCGCAUUUCGGCCUGUUUUUCAACCAGGGCCAGUGCUGUUGCGCUGGGAGUCGCAUCUUUGUUGAGGAUAAGAUCUACGAUCAAUUUGUGGAGCGCAGCGUAGAUUUGGCAAAACAGCGCACUAUUGGAGAUCCGUUUAACUCAAACACGAAGCAAGGACCUCAGGUUGACAACAAACACAUGAAAAAAAUUCUCGACCUAAUUGACUCUGGCAAAAAGGACGGUGCCAAGCUGCUAACCGGCGGAUCACGUGCCGGUGAUAAAGGAUACUUCGUCGAACCGACGGUAUUCGCUGAUGUUCAGGACAACAUGCGCAUUGCUCGCGAGGAGAUUUUUGGCCCUGUUAUGCAGAUCUUACGCUUUAGAAAUAUCGAUGAGUUGAUUGAUCGUGCCAAUAACUCCAAGUACGGACUCGCUGCGGCAAUCUUCACGAAGGAUCUCGACCGCGCAAUACACAUGAGCAAUGCCCUUCAGGCUGGAACCGUUUGGGUAAACUGCUACGACGCUCUGGCGGCACAGGCGCCCUUUGGCGGAUAUAAAAUGUCUGGUCUUGGUCGUGAGCUUGGGGAGUAUGGCCUACAGGCGUACACUGAGGUGAAAACGGUAUGCAUGAAGAUUCCGCAGAAAAACAGCUAAACAAAGCAGCGGUCACAUUGAACGCGAGAGGCGACAGCCUUGACCAUAGAUGGAAAUGCCUUGUAUGUAUGUAUGACUUCCAUUUAUGGUUAGCUACUUUUCAUGCGAAAGGUGUGUUUGUAAAUGAUUUUAGUCGACUAGAGCUGUCAUUAAGCACACCUGUUACAAUAUCGUAACAUGUCACACAUCUAUGUUGUGCGUCAUUAAGCACACCUGUUACAAUAUCGUAACAUGUCACACAUGUAUGUUGUGCAAGUUUAGUUAUUUUACUAAUAACAUUCAAUUUGAUAAUAAAUAUUACCUCAUGCAUUACUGAUUUCUUAUCGGGUAGUUAGACGUAUGGCUCAGCGUUUGCUUUGGAGAUUCGAUUUGGUUAUACAACCAAAUCGAAUCUCCAUUACCUCUGCGCGCUCUGGGAAGUUAGAAUUAGCUUGAGAGCAAAGGUUUGCCGUUUGUAUACUAACGAUAGCAGGUUCAAAGCUGUGUAGAGCCAAUUAGUUAGAAAUUCUUUUUCCUACUGUCCAACAACUACAUUUUUAGGAUAAAGCGUUUCGUUCGCUACUACAUUGCGGAAAUUCUAAUGCUGAGGAGCGCAGCGCGGUUCUAGCGCAGGUUUAACUUCAAGCGUUAGGCCGCCAAUACUCAUCCUGGAUUACUACAGGAAGGCUCAUUAAUCUAGGUCAAAUAUUUGAAUGAAAACAAGGGUGUAGUUAUCGAUACGUUUACUUUGAUUCGCAUACUUUUCGCUUUAUAUAAAAUAUAUUUGUAUAAAUAUAUUUUAAAUAAAAUAUAUUUAUAUAAAAUGUAUGUACAAUGCUCUGUUAUCAGCUCAACUAUAUAAGAUAUACUAAAAUAGAACGGGCAGAUGAUCAAUCACAGAUAGCUGACACAUCAGCUUGCUGGAGCGUACCUAACAAUAUACACUCGUCGAAUAUCGGGCAGAUCUUCAACAGAAUCAACAUAACUUUGUCAAAGUUACGUAAGCAAUAAAGAGCGUACAUUUCUUAUCAUAUUUUCAUCCCUAUAGGCCUAGCAGCACCGUGCGUUUCAUUUAUCCGUCAUGUGCAAUAACUGCAAGUACAAUGGCAGCCGGCCUUAAGGUCAAUGGGUA